UAAAACCACCUGGUCGAGGACAAGGAAGGCACAGCGCAGCGCGGAGAGAAGCGCCCGCGCCAGGCGCCAGGCAGCGACCCUGCAGCGGUGGACGCGGCCCGGCCAUGCCCGCGCUCUGGCUCCGCUGCUGCCUCUGCGUGUCGCUGCUCCUGCCUGCCGCCCGGGCCACCUCCAGGACGCAAGUCUGCGAUUGCAAUGGGAAGUCCCAGCAAUGCAUCUACGAUCGCGAACUCCACAGGCAGACGGGGAACGGAUUCCGCUGCCUCGGCUGCGCUGACAACACCGGCGGCAUUCGCUGCGAGCGGUGCAAGGACGGGUUCUACCGGCAGAGAGCGAGAGACCGCUGCCUGCCCUGCAACUGCCACCCCACAGGUUCUCUCGGCGCGCGAUGCGACAACUCCGGACAGUGCAGCUGUAAGCCGGGUGUGACAGGAGCCAGGUGUGACCGGUGUCUGCCAGGCUUCCACACACUCUCGGAUGCUGGGUGCACCCAAGACCAAAGGCUACCAGAUUCCAAGUGUGACUGUGACCCGGCUGGCAUCUCGGGGCCCUGCGACACAGGCCGCUGCGUCUGCAAGCCGGCUGUCACUGGAGAGCGCUGUGACAGGUGUCGACCAGGCUACUAUCACCUGGAUGGAGGGAGCCCCGAGGGCUGUACCCAGUGUUUCUGCUACGGGCAUUCAGCCAGCUGCCACAGCUCUGGGGACUACAGUGUCCAUAAAAUCACCUCUGUCUUCCAUCAAGAUGUUGACGGCUGGAAGGCUGUCCAGAGAAAUGGGUCUCCUGCAAAGAUCCAUUGGUCACAGCGCCACCGGGACGUGUUUAGCUCAGCACGACGGUCGGACCCUGUCUAUUUUGUAGCUCCUGCCAAAUUCCUUGGCAAUCAGCAGGUGAGCUACGGGCAGAACCUGUCUUUUGACUACCGUGUAGACAGGGGAGGCAGACACCCAUCUGCCCACGACGUGAUCCUGGAAGGUGCUGGGCUCCGCGUCAUAGCUCCCUUGAUGCCGCUGGGCAAGACGCUGCCGUGUGGGAUCACCAAGACGUACACAUUCAGAUUGAAUGAACACCCCAGCAGUAACUGGAGCCCCCAGCUGAGUUACUUCGAGUUCCGGCGGUUACUGCGGAACCUCACAGCCCUGCGGAUCCGAGCUACCUACGGAGAGUACAGUACUGGGUACUUGGACAACGUGACCCUGAUUUCAGCCCGGCCCGUCUCCGGGGCUCCCGCACCCUGGGUUGAACAAUGUGUAUGUCCUGUUGGAUACAAGGGGCAGUUCUGCCAGGAUUGUGCUUCUGGCUACAAAAGAGAUUCAGCCAGACUGGGACCUUUUGGCACCUGUAUUCCCUGUAACUGCCAAGGGGGAGGGACUUGCGAUCCAGACACAGGAGAGUGCUACUCGGGGGAUGAAAACCCGGACAUCGAGUGUGCCGACUGCCCCCUCGGCUUCUACAAUGACCCGCACGACCCCCGAAGCUGCAAGCCGUGCCCCUGCCGCAAUGGGUUCAGCUGCUCGGUGACGCCUGAGACGGAGGAGGUCGUGUGCUAUAACUGUCCCCUCGGGGUCACUGGGGCCCGCUGUGAGCUCUGUGCUGACGGCUACUUCGGGGACCCCUUUGGGGAACAGGGCCCAGUGAGGCCUUGUCAGCCCUGUCAGUGCAACAACAACGUGGACCCCAGUGCCUCCGGGAACUGUGACCGCCUGACGGGCAGGUGUCUCAAGUGUAUCCACAACACGGCCGGUGUCCACUGUGAGCAGUGCAAAGCAGGCUACUUCGGGGACCCCUUGGCUCCCAACCCAGAGGACAAGUGUCGAGCCUGCAACUGUAACCCAGCGGGCUCCGAGCCUGGGGAGUGUCGAGGUGAUGGCAGCUGCGUUUGCAAGCCAGGAUUUGGUGGCCUCAGCUGUGAGCACGCAGCAUUAAUCAGCUGUCCAGCUUGCUACGAUCGAGUGAAGAUUCAGAUGGAUCAGUUUGUGCAGCAGCUGCAGAGCCUGGAGGCCCUGAUUUCCAAGGCCCAGGGUGGUGGUGGAGGAGCGUCCAACCCAGAGCUGGAAGGCAGGAUGCAGCAGGCUGAGCAGGCCCUUCGGGACAUUCUGCGAGAAGCCCAGAUUUCAGAAGGUGCUAUGAGGUCUCUGACUCGCCAGUUGGCCAAGGCAAAGAGCCAAGAAAAUAGCUACCGCAACCGCCUGGACAACCUCAAGAUGACUGUGGAACGGGUUCGGGCCCUGGGCGGUCAGUAUCAGAACCGCGUUCAGGAUACGCGGAGGCUCAUCACUCAGAUGCGCCUGAGCCUGGAGGAGAGCAAGUCUUCCCUGCACAACACGAACAUCCCUCCCUCAGACCACUACGUGGGGCCAAAUGGUCUGAAAAGCCUGGCUCAGGAGGCCCUGAAGUUGGCAAACAGCCACGAGGAGUCAGCCAAUAGCAUGGAGCAACUGGCCAGGGAAACCGAAGGCUACUCCCAACAAGCUCUGUCGCUGGUGCGCAAGGCCCUUCAGGAAGGCGGCGGUGGCGGCGGCGGCGGCCUGGACGGCUCUGUGGUGCAAGGGCUGGUGGGAAGACUGGAGAAAACGAAGUUGCUGGCCCACCAGUUGUCCAGGGAGGCCACUCACGCUGACAUGGAAGCAGAUAAGUCUUAUCAACAUAGCCUCCGCCUUCUCAGUUCCAUGUCUCAGCUGCAGGGAGUCAGGGAUCAGUCCUUGGAGGAAGAGGCGAAGAGGAUCAGAGAAAAAGCCGACUCUCUCUCGAGCCUGGUGACACAGCGUAUGGACGAGUUCAAGCGUGUGCAAAGCAGUCUGGGAAACUGGGAAGAAGAAACCCAGCAGCUCCUGCAGAAUGGAAAGAAUGAGAGACAGCAAUCAGUUCAGCUGCGUUCCCGUGCCAACCGUGCUAAAAGCAGAGCCCAAGAAGCACUAAGUAUGGGCAAUGCCACUUUUUAUGAAGUUGAGAACAUCUUAAAGAACCUCAGAGAGUUUGAUCUGCAGGUUGGAGACAGAAAAGCAGAAGCUGAAGAGGCCAUGAAGAGACUGCCCUACAUCACCCAGAAGGUGACAGAUGCCAGUGACCAGACCCAGCAAGCAGAGGCAGCCCUGGGCGGUGCUGCUGCUGAUGCCCAGAGGGCGAAGACCGCAGCCAGGGAGGCCCUGGAGAUCUCCAGCAAGAUAGAACAGGAGAUAGGGAGUCUGAACAUGGAAGCCAAUGUGACAGCAGAUGGAGCCUUGGCCGUGGAGAAGGGGCUGGCCACUCUGAAAAGCGACAUGAGGGAAGUGGAGGGAGAACUGGCAAGGAAGGAGCGGGAGCUCGACAUGGAUGUGGACGCGGUGCAGAUGGUGAUUACAGAAGCCCAAAGAGUUAACAACCGAGCCAGUAAUGCUGGUGCUACGAUCCAGGACACACUUGACACCUUGGACAGCAUCCUACACCUAAUAGACCAGCCUGACCAUGUGGAUGAAGAGGGGCUGAUUUCAUUAGAGCAGAAGCUUUUCAGAGCCAAGACUCAGAUCAACAGCCAGCUGCGGCCAUUGCUGUCAGAGCUGGAAGAGAGGGCAGUCCGGCAGAGGGGCCAGCUCCGUUUGCUGGAGACGAGCAUAGAUGGGAUUCUGGCUGAUGUGAAGAACUUGGAGAACAUUAGGGACAACCUGCCCCCAGGCUGCUAUAACACUCAGGCUCUUGAGCAACAGUGAUGUUGCCAUAGUGAUUUCUCAACUGAGGUUCUUGGGAUACAGACCUCGGGGCUCAGGAGCUAUCUCAUGAGGGUGGGGUGGGAUGUGGACAUUUGAACAUGUUGUCAAGGCAUGCUCAGGUCAACUGAACCAGACCCCAUCCCUGAGCACUUGGCCAGACAAAUGUCUUAUUGCACCAAUGUGAUACUCUUU